UACAUGCACAAGCCAUGCACAGGACACUCCUUAAAAAAGUAGUUAGUUAGCUAUGGCCACCAUCUCUAGGGACAAUUUGGUAGUACCAAAGACAGAGAUGAAAGAUAUCCAAACAUCUCUCAACAGUGAAGAGGACACCACCACAGUGGUGGACCAUCGGUGGUGGAGAUCGGCGGCCAAGUUCGAGGAAUGUGCGAACUUCAAUAAGCUGGAGAUACCGAACAUGUCGAAGAUCACACCGAGGCUCAAACUUCUGAGAGAAAUGGAGAGGUUGGUCUCACUUGGGGAGGAAGUUCUUGACCAACUCCGGCACAAGCUGUUCACGUACCGACCGGGGGACUUUUGGGUGCCCACCGGAGGUGUCAAGAAGGAGGAGAUGGACAUUCCUCGUGCGAAUACCAUUCUCUUGGUUGGUUUCCAUAAUUCUGGCAAGAGCUCACUUGUGAACCUCAUGUACAGUGUUUUAGGGCGCUCUGGACUUGUACCAUUUGCUCAAACCUCUUCAGGAUGUGCUUCUAACUGCACAACCUUGAUCAUGGAGGAACACAACGUGUUGCGAUCGCUGAACAACGGGUUCUGCGUGUACGAUACGAGGGGAUUCGAUUACGAUCGGUUAGAUGAGAGCCUCGAAGAAUUGUCAGAAUGGAAGAGCAAUGGAGUUCACCAUAAGCAGCUCUGCUUGAGAACAGGGGACCCUGUUCUGAGUGAAGAUGAAUUGGGGAGUCCUCAGCUGAGGUCUAGUUGGAAGUUUGUGAACAGAAGAGUGAAUUGUGUGAUGGUGGUGGUUAAUGUUGCAGAGAUCUAUAAAGCUUUGAAAGCUGGUGACAAGAAGCCAUUGGAGGCCAUAAAACACCUCUUCUGCUCACCACCAUUAAGAAAUUCCAAUGAGAACCCCAUCUUGAUACUAACACAUGGUGACAAGUUAUCGACGGAGGACAGAAUCGAUAGCCGGCUCAAAAUCUGUGAACAUCUCGGUGUUUCAGAGAGCAAUGGAGUGUAUGACAUUGUCUGCUUCACCGAGUAUGGGUUCCUUGCUGAUGAAUCAGAUCCUGUUACGACUUACGCCCUAACAGAAGCAGUUUACCGGGCAAUGCUCAUCUCAGACAGGGGACACCUUCCUAAAAGAAACCUUAAGGACUGGGCAGUGCUCUUGUUGUCAUGGCUCAUGUGUUUUGUUGGUGCUAUCUUUGCUUUUCUUGGCCAGUUCUUCUCUACACUGGGUCAGAGGGAUUUGCCCAAAUUGUAACAGUGUGUGUGAGUGGUGUAUUUGGAGUAAUAAGUGGCAUUUGUGGUCGUGUACAAUAGUGAUUUGCUUCUACACUAUAUGUUAUGUUUCAUUUGAGCUUUGGGGAUCGAUUUGCUAGUCCACUGACUUUAUAUAUAUAUAUAUAAUCUAGUUGAUGACUGUUGGAACUUGGAUGUGAUCAAGGUAGUUAUA